AUGCCUUGGUGUGUGUAGCUAAACAUCCAGUCCCGUUCUGCCUGAGGUAACCCAGAGCUGAGGUUGCCUGAUCACUGAACCUGAAGUUUUGCUCGACUUUCCGUGGGAACGCUUCAAGUCAAGUCGUCUGACCCUAUUGAUCACUGGAAUCAUGGUCCAUGGGUACAAAGGGGUCCAGUUCCAAAAUUGGGCAAAGACCUAUGGCUGCAGUCCGGAGAUGUACUACCAGCCUACAUCAGUGGAGGAGGUCAGAGAGGUGCUGGCCCUGGCCCGGCAGCAGAACAAGAAAGUGAAGGUGGUGGGUGGCGGCCACUCACCUUCAGACAUCGCCUGCACUGAUGGCUUCAUGAUCCACAUGGGCAAGAUGAACCGGGUUCUCCAGGUGGACAAGGAGAAGAAACAGGUAACAGUGGAAGCCGGCAUCCUCCUGGCUGACCUGCACCCACAGUUGGACAAGCAUGGCCUGGCCCUGUCCAAUCUGGGAGCAGUGUCCGAUGUGACAGUUGCUGGCGUCAUCGGGUCUGGAACACAUAACACAGGGAUCAAGCAUGGCAUCCUGGCCACCCAGGUGGUGGCCCUGACCCUGAUGACGGCCGAUGGAGCAGUUCUGGAAUGUUCUGAGUCAAGCAAUGCAGAUGUGUUCCAGGCUGCACGGGUGCACCUGGGCUGCCUGGGUGUCAUCCUCACCAUCACCCUGCAGUGUGUGCCACAGUUCCACCUUCAGGAGACAUCCUUUCCUUCAACUCUCAAGGAGGUCCUCGACAACCUGGACAGCCACCUGAAGAAGUCUGAGUACUUCCGCUUCCUCUGGUUUCCUCACAGUGAAAACGUCAGCAUCAUCUAUCAAGACCACACCAACAAGGCCCCUUCUUCUGCAUCUAACUGGUUUUGGGACUAUGCCAUCGGGUUCUACCUACUGGAAUUCUUGCUCUGGACCAGCACCUACCUGCCGUGCCUCGUGGGCUGGAUCAACCGCUUCUUCUUCUGGCUGCUGUUCAACUGCAAGAAGGAAAGCAGCAACCUGAGCCACAAGAUCUUCACCUACGAGUGUCGCUUCAAGCAGCACGUCCAAGACUGGGCCAUCCCCAGGGAGAAGACCAAGGAGGCCCUGCUGGAGCUAAAGGCCAUGCUGGAGGCCCACCCCAAGGUGGUAGCCCACUACCCCGUGGAGGUGCGCUUCACCCGAGGUGAUGAAAUCCUGAUGAGUCCCUGCUUCCAGAGGGACAGUUGCUACAUGAACAUCAUUAUGUACAGGCCCUAUGGAAAGGAUGUGCCUCGGCUGGACUACUGGCUGGCCUAUGAGACCAUCAUGAAGAAGUUUGGAGGCAGGCCCCACUGGGCAAAGGCUCACAAUUGCACCAGGAAGGACUUUGAGAAAAUGUAUCCUGCCUUUCGCAAGUUCUGUGACAUCCGUGAGAAGCUGGACCCCACUGGAAUGUUCUUGAAUUCGUACCUGGAAAAGGUCUUCUACUAAAGCAGGAGUGGAAGCAAGCCGCCCUGGCCCCUCACACUUCUGCUGCUUUUGGGGGGCGGAGCAGUGUCUCACAAGCAAAGUGGGAGCCAACCUCUCCUCCUGACCUCAGAGAAGGGCUGGGCUCUGGGCGGGGCCUUUCUGCCUUCUCCAUCAUAUUCAUAACACCCAACAAGAAGUGACCUCUCACUCAAAUUCCUGUUUGCAUUUCCAUGAGCCACACAUAAACUACAAUUAUCUCAGGAGAAAGGGGCUCCCUGAUAUUGGUCCAGACUAAGGAUUUGGUCUUUCCAAGGUUCUACUGGUUCACCAAGUAUUGAGAGAUCCCUGGGGCCUGCAAUUCUCCAUCCCUCUUCAGAAGAGAUCCUUUGGCAAGAGUUUUGGCACAGAGGUGGCAUGGAACCUGCUCUGCUUUCUUUUAUCCUUAAAGAUCUUUCAGAUGCCCAGAGACUCUGUUGGUCCUAGGCAAGCUGUCUUCCAGAUGGGUUCACCCCGCCUUCUGACUGCCAUGCCCUAACCCUCACAGUGUCUCUUCCAGGAGGUGUUUAGAAUGAAAACUGCCUCAUCUUAACCAGUUGCUGAUUCCUUUGCUUCUCUCCCUGCACUUUGGAGACAGUUGUCUGGAGUGGGGUCUCACUGUGCCCCUGACUUUCCCUGGGUAUUGUUCUAAUCUUCCUCUUCACAAAUAUGAUUUCAGUUUGAUUUGUGGCCUUUCUGGAGUGUUUCUUGGUGAACCAAGAUGUUCCAGGUACUUUGUAAGAAUUAAAAGACCCUGAA